UCGAGCUUCUUCAUGGCCGCUCUCACUUUUGUUUGCGCGUCGCAGUCCUAUUCUCUCACCGGCCACACUUACCAGGCCGACUGAAACUCGAGUACAUACGGUUCACGGAAGCAGGUCGAUAUGCCGAAAGUGCUCAGCUAUACGCCAGAAUGGCUUUCGCGCCCCAGCCCCGGCUAUCAUCUGUUUGCGCCUAAACAGAGCAACGGCACCGUCGCCGCAGCAAAGAGCAAGGACUUCGGGCCACGAAAGACGAUUGCGACAAGGGGCUCUGAAAUCUUUGUCGCCGUCGGACACGAGAUUCGAUGGGCGGAUCUAGUCAACCUAAAGGAAGGCGUCUCGCCAGCAUACCGCACCCUCAAAGUGUCGAUACCACUCCCAAUUUCACGACUCACUAUAUCUCCCGCCGGCGACUACCUCGCGGUCUCGACGUCGCACACUGUACAUGUCGUGGCUCUGCCUGACUCUUCGCUACUCGAAUCUGGCAACGACGACAGCCCCAUCAAACCGAAGACCUUCCAGGUCGGUCCCACCGCGCACGUUCUCGAAGAAUCGCCGAUUGCAACAACACUGUGGCACCCUCUCGGAUAUCAUGGGCGAUGCCUAGUCACUAUCACAAAGGCGGGAGUGGUGCGAUUAUGGGAGGUCAACCGCGCAGACAGGUCGACAUUCAGCGAUCCCAGUCUCUCCAUCGAUCUGGUCAAGUUGAUCAACGCACAAAAGGACCAAGACGAUCUUGGCGCUUCGAUUUACGGAGCUACUAAGGCGUUCUCUCCGGACUCGGUGGAACUGGAGGUUGCGUCUGCUUGCUUCGGAGACUUCCCCGAGCAGGAAGGUGUGCAUGGCUGGGCGCCCAUGACGCUAUGGAUUGCUACCGUCAUUGGGAAUGUCUAUGCCCUGUGCCCUAUUCUUCCGCGCCGGUGGCAAUUAGUCGAAACCCCUGGCGCAUUUACAUGUCUUCAGACAUUGGCCUCCUCCAUCAACAUAAACUACAAUGAGAUGUCCGAAGACGACGAUGCGCCAAAAGAGGACGUCAAAACUUCGGAGAAGCAGCUCUCCUGGUUGUCUGACAUUCUUUAUGAGGAGCCCUUUGUAGAGGCACUGCCGAAUGGUGACUCGGUCAAGGUCUUCAGCCGACCGUUAAGCGCGCCAGCAGUACCGCUUCUGCAGGGCCCGUUCGCAAUUACGCCUCAGGUUGAAGACUUUGAGCUGAGCGACAUGAUUGUCUACUCUCUGAAGACUUUCUCGGAUGGCUCAGAAGAAGAGGCUGCCGAGGGUCUGCCAGCAGCUGUUGUCUGUUUACUGACUGAUACGUGCAAGGUGCAUGUUUGCAUUGAUUUGGAGGGGAUUGUCGGACGAUGGCUUCCAUCGACAGAGGACGAUUUUGAGGUCGCACAAACAGAGCACGACCUUAUCAUCGCAGAGACUAUUACUCUGAAAGGAACUGGCGAAUCAACAUACAACCAGACAAUCACCCAAGACGUACAUACUGACUUCUCCUUCUUCGUCUCGACCGCUAGUGGAGUCACAUACAUAACUAUGGAGCCAUGGAUACGGAAACUUGAGAACGAACUUUCCGAGCCGCACGCAGAGGGUGCCGAUUUCCGCCUGCAGCGGCUCCUUGCGUCUGCUAGCAGCCAGGUCACGCAGUAUCUGGAACGUAGACCUGCACGCAACACUACUGAACAAGAAGUCACUUCAGCCGUCGUUGUUGAAGACGGCAACGUUGGUUAUAUGCUGCUGACCACAGUCAACGAUGAGCCUCAAGCCGCCCUCCUUGACGCCCCCGAAGAUGGUGUUCCGACAGAGGAGGAGCUUGCCGAGUACCUGGAGGCAGCUGUUCCCCAAAAGGAGGUGCGCGAAGCGUGGCGGGAACCCAAGGAGUUUUAUGAGCCGUUCAACCUUUACAACUCGAUCAAUAUUCCUGCUCGACACAAAGCUUCGCUGAAGGACGAAGUUCGGCUAUCACCAGCAAAUCUCGAACUGUUGAUGGACGUUCAUCGGGUCCUGUCUGCGCACACGGAGAAGCUUCAGAAAGCCGUUGCUGAUCUGUUCAACCGUGCCACACGCCUUCAAGACGAUUUCAGAGACCAAGUGUAUCGGACAGCAGAGGUUGUCCCAAAGAUAGACGCUGUCAUUGGUAACGACGAAGAACCCUCGGACAACGGAUCAAUGUAUGGAUCGGCCCAGAUUGACGAUCGUUUGGAGCAGGUCAGAAAGAGGCAAGACGCAAUCAACGCCCGCUAUGAGAGCCUCCGCCGCAAGAUGAACAGCAUCAGCUCGACCGAGCUCAGCGAGAAGGAGGCCAGUUACGUGGAGGAAUUGCAGACGAUGGAUAGCUCCGUGGACAAGUCUAACAGGACACUGACCGGUGAUGUUGAUGGAAGCGAGGUCCCAGCAUGGCAGCGCCUGAACAAACUCAAAGAGCUGAACAAGACGUUGGCAAGCCAAGUGGCAGAUACACAAAAAGAAGCACAGGAGGAGCAAGCGCGUGCGGCGACUGUGAAAGUACCGUCUCAAUCGCGCAAACAGGAAAACGAGUAUAUCCAGGAAAUGCUACAGCGCAACACCGCGCUGGUAGAGGCAGCGACUACUCGUCUGCGGAGUCUCGGCGUAACCAUACCAGUGGAAGGCGAGAGUUGAGGCUCGAAUGCCGAUCGUUAGUUUGGUACUGCAUGAUGUCAGACAUCAAACAAUCAUCUACAGUUAUGUAUUGAUGAAGUUCAUUACCAGGCUGUGCUGUAGUGGGGCAUGAUGUGUAGAGCGCUCGCUUCAAGGCUCCCUGAGAACUAAGAAGAGGAAAUUUAAGCAGAUGGCAAGGUCGAGUGACGGUAAAA